UGACAGCUGCCACCACCACCGGUUACACUACUGCUGUGUUGUAGCUGCUGCUGCUAGGUGGCUGUCAGUUGGUCAUUCAUUCAUUCGGUUCAUAAUAUUUUGGUGAUAUUUGGGGGAUUCGUGUCGACGGACCAGAGUCCGCGAAUUCCUUUAAUCAUCACUAUAUGCUUUACUCUACUGUCAUUGCUUCAUAAUGGUUGAAAGAUUUAGUUUUGGUGUGAAUCCCAUUACAUGUCAUGCGUGGAAUAAGGACCGUUCUCAAGUAGCCCUUUCUCCAAACAACCAUGAAGUCCAUAUUUAUAAGAGAGAAGCUAAUGAUUGGAGAUUGAUAAAUGUACUCAAUCAACAUGACCUCCGUGUUACCGGUAUUGAUUGGGCUCCCAACACAAAUCGUAUUGUUACCUGUGCUGCAGAUCGCAAUGCAUAUGUCUGGACUCAGGGUUCUGAUGGAAACUGGAAGCCAACCUUAGUACUGCUACGUAUUAAUCGUGCUGCUACUUGUGUUAAGUGGUCUCCAUUUGAAAACAAAUUUGCUGUUGGCUCUGGAGCUCGGCUUAUCUCUGUCUGUUACUUUGAGAAAGAGAAUGAUUGGUGGGUCUCAAAACAUAUUAAAAAACCCAUAAGAUCAACGGUCACCUCAUUAGACUGGCACCCAAACAAUUUGAUACUGGUUGCUGGUUUGACAGAUUUUAAAGUAAGAGUAUUUUCUGCUUAUAUUAAACUCUUGGAAGAACCUAAUGACAGUGGGAGCCCUUGGUGCAAGAAAGCAGGAGGACCAGGAAGUCUGGGUACACUAUUGGCUGAGUUUACCAACUCUCAAUCAGGAGGUGGUUGGGUGCAUGGCGUCAGCUUUUCAGGUGAUGGCAACCGAAUUUGUUGGGUUGGCCACGAUUCCUCCAUUUCUGUUGCUGAUGCUAGUCGUGGAAUGGUUGUGACUAAGUUGCGAACAGAGUUCCUCCCUUUCAACACUUGUACUUGGGUUGGACCAAACAGCAUUGUUGUCGCUGGCCAUAACUGCUGUCCGUUACUGUACACAUUUGACUCUUCUGGCCAGCUUUCAUACUCAUGCAAAUUAGAUAAUUCACAGAAAAAGGAAGCUGGAGGUUUGAGUGCCAUGCGGAAGUUUCAAAGUUUGGAUCGACAAGCUCGCAUUGAGAAUGACACUGCUUUGGAAACAGUCCACCAAAAUGCCAUAACUGGAUUGUGCCUUUACUCUGGUUCAAAAGGAGCAAUCACUAAAUUCAGUACAAGUGGUAUUGAUGGCCAGCUUGCAGUUUGGGAUAUGAAUCUACUUGAGAAAGGUAUCCAGAAUAUGCGUUUGAACUAGCAAAACAAGAGUUCCAGGGGCAAGCGGUGAUUGAUCACCACUACUUUCAAUAAGUAACCAACAAGACUGGUUUACAAUGUUUUAGUUGUUCAUCUUGUGCAUUUCUUCUUCUUCUUCUUGCUUUCAUCCUUCACAAUGACUCUCUCAUUUUUUUUGUUUUUGUUUUUUCCUGUUUGAACGAAUGUUGUCAGCAUUUUGAACUGAUUGCUAUAUACUAUCUAUCGUACAUCAUGUAUUACUUUUAAAAAAAAUGAAUUUCUGUCUUAGAUUGAGGACUAAUUUGUUAUAUGUUCUCAAGUGUAAUUGGUUUCAUUUCUUAUCACCUAUUGUGUUGUUACUUUAUAGUGCUGUAGAUACUGGUGUUCCCUGACAAAUCUAUUCUGUUGAUAUUAAUAAAUUGUUUAAAAUAUUUCAAA